CGAUGAGUGCACCGUUGGAAGACCUGAAAGACCAGGGCACCAUGGAAGAAGACUAUGUACAAGGACAAUUCAGGAAGUUGCAAGCACAACGUAUGAUCAUGCAGAAGAAAACAUUCACCAAUUGGUUUAAUAAUAUUUUCUACAAACACAAUGCAAACAUUAAGAUUCAAGAUCUCUACACUGAACUGAAAGAUGGUAUUUAUCUCCUGCGCUUAUUGGAGCUGCUGUCUUCUGAACAACUACCCAGGCCAAACAAAGGCAAGAUGAGGGUUCACUUUUUGGAGAACAAUAGCAAAGCCAUUCAGUUCCUCAAAUCCAAGGUACAUGUGAAGGUAAUUGGACCAGAAAACAUAGUAGAUGGAGACCAGACCCUCAUCCUUGGAUUAAUGUGGAUAAUUAUCCUCAGAUUUCAAAUUUCAUCCAUCAGUCUUGACAAGGAUGAGUUUGGAUCCAGAGUUGAUACUCUCUCUUCCAAUGAAGCUCUACUGAUCUGGUGUCAGCGUAAGACAGCCAGCUAUUCCAAUGUCAAUGUGAAAGACUUUUCCAAAAGCUGGAGUGAUGGGCUAGCUUUCAAUGCUCUCAUUCAUGCUCACAGGCCUGAUCUCAUACAGUACAGCUCCCUGCGGCAUGACCAGCCUAUCGUUAAUCUAAAUAAUGCCUUCACCGUCGCAGAGAAGCACCUGGGAAUCUUAAAGUUGUUGGAUGCUGAAGAUGUGGCAGUCCCAUUUCCAGAUGAGAGAUCUAUCAUGACCUACGUGUCCUUCUAUUACCAUUACUUUUCCAGGCUGAAGCAGGGUCAGACAGUCCAGAAAAGGCUCGCUAAAAUUGUGUUCUUCCUGAAGGAGACAGACGAGUUAAAAUUCCAGUAUGAAUACAUGAUCUCUGAACUCUUGAAAUGGAUAAAGCUCAAAGUGGCAGAACUGGAUGACCGCUUCUUUCCCAAUUCUCUCGAGGAAAUGCGCUUCCUCAUGAAUAACUUUAAGGUCUUCCGCACUGUGGAGAAACCUCCCAAAUACCGUGAGAAGGGAAUAAUUGAAGCCAAUUUUUUCCAUAUACGGACCAAACAGCAAGCCAACAAUCAGCGUGCUUAUCUGCCCCCUGAAGGAAGAACUUUAAGAGAUCUGGAAAAAGAAUGGAUUGCUUUGGAGAAAGCAGAGGACAGCCGAGGAAAAGCGAUACAGCAGGAGCUGUUAAGGCUUGAGAGAGUUGAACAACAGGUCCAGAUGUUUCUGAAGAAAGCAGCCAUUCGUGAGGCCUACUUAAGAAGCACCAGGGAGAUAAUCAAAAAGCAGGAUGAUUGGCAACCUGACAGCAUAGAACAGCUUCAGGCAGGUGCUAGGAAACUAGAGGCGAUUGAAGCAGACAUGCUUCCCCGAGACCAACGCUUCAAAGCCUUGUCUACCAUGGCCUCUGAAAUCAGGCGGGAGAACUAUCGGGACAAGGACCUGAUUGCCAAAAAGCAAAAGGACAUCAUUCAGCAAUGGCAAGAUCUCUGCGACCAUCUCAAAAGACAAAAACAUGCUAUGGGAGAGAUGCAGGAAGUGCUAGUCCUUUUGAGGGACAUUGAUACCAUUAUGGAAGAACUUAAAGGACUGCAGACUUUAGUAAACUCUAAGGAUUGUGGCAAAGAGCUAUUAGAAACAGUGGAAUUAUUACAAAAGCACAAAUUAGUUGCCUCCCAAAUCUCUUCUCUUGAGAAGAGCAUCAUGUACAUUGCUAAAAAAACAGAAGAUAUAAUGAAAGGUAAAUCAGUCAAAUCAGAUAUGCUUCAAGACAAAUAUCAGAUGCUUCAUCAGUUGCAUCGGAAUCUUCAGGAUCUCUGCCAAACACGGCAAUGUCAUUUGGAAGGGGCUUUGAAGCUUUUCGAAUUUUUUCACGAGUGCAAAGAAGAAGAACGAUGGUUGUCUGAUAAAUGGAAAUUAGUGAAGAUGGGAACCUUAGGAGAUGAUCUCACUCAUAUUGCAGUCUCUCUCCAAAGCCAUAAGUCUCUCCAGGCUGAGUGUGACUCCCAUCAAGCUAUUUGUUCUAAAAUAAUUUGCAAGGGCCAGGAGUUAAGCCAGAACAAUCCUUCAAACCAGGAUAUUCAGAAGAAAAUGGAAGAUAUCCAGCAAUUGUGGCAACAGCUCCAAGAUGAGGUGACCAGUUGUAAGAUCCGUUUGGAUACAGCUGCUCUCAUUCGACAGUACUUUGCUGAUGUUGAUGAGGCUGACUCCUGGCUUCAGGAAAAGCAUACUCUCCUAGCUAGCAAAGAUUAUGGGAAAGAUGAAUCUAGUGCAGAAGCUUUGUUGCAUCGUCAUCUUCAUCUGGAGAAGGAGCUUGCUGCUUAUGCUACAGAAAUAAGCCACUUGAAAGAACAAGCCCAUUCUGUGGCACAGCAGGCUUCACUGGUGACUCUUGCGAAACCUACAUUCACUGGACAGUUUGGCUCUGAUUCACACUUGGUUAUGGAAAACAUACGGAAAAUGCAGCAGAGCAUUGUUUUGUUGUAUGAAAAACUGCAGACCAUGGCUGAGCAUAGGAAAAAAGAGUUAGAAGAAAGAACCCAGCUCUAUCGGUUCUACAACUCCUGUGAAGAGUUUCAGUCUUGGAUAGAUGACAAAGAGAAAAUUUUCCAGACCAUUCAGCCCAGAGCCGACAAUGUGGGAGCUAUGCAGCAUAAAUUCCAGAAUUUCCUAAUAGAAUUGGCUGCUGGGAAGAAACAGCUGGAUGAGAUCAAUUGCUCAGCAGAUAUGUUUUCUAAGAGCUAUCCUGGAAAACAGGAGGAGAUCCAAACUUGUAAGCAAGAGAUAAACGAGAGGUGGGAUUGCCUGGAAACAUUAAAAGAAGAAAAAGGCUCAGAGCUGAUUGGUGUCACUGAUGUGAAGACAUUCCUUCAGGACUGCCAAGACACUCAAGAACUGUUACAAGACAAGAUGACCAACCUGGAGGAUUUGGGACAUGGGAGCAAGCCUGCUGUCUUGGAAGCACAGGCACGCAAGCUUUCAGCCUGCGAAAGAGAAAUCUUAGUUCUGGAGAGAAAAAUUGAAUACCAAAAGCGGGUAGCCAGUCUAAUCCAGGAUACCAAUCCUGCAGAGAGUCAUGACAUAAAGGAACAUGGAGAAGACAUGGAGAAGCUGUUAUUAAUAUUAAAGUUAAAAGCAGAGGAGAAGAAGGUGGUUUUGCAAAUAGCAAGGGAUCAACAAGCUUUUCUGCAAGAGAGUCAUAGACUCCUCUUGUGGAUUGAUGGUAUAAAGGAAAAACUGACAAGUGAGGAGAUAUGUAUAGAUGUGGUCUCUGCAGAGCAGCUCUUGAAAGAACACCAGGACUUGCUGUAUGAGAUACACAGCCAGAACCACAGAUUUAAACAGCUGCAAGAACUAGGUCAGAAGGUUGCAGACAGUUCGUCCAACUUUGGAGCUUUUCAUGUUGGUGAAUAUAUGGACAGAGUUGCUCAAGGAAGGAAGGAGUUGGAUGAGCUUUGGACAAAGCAGCAGAAGCAGCUCCAGGAGAAUAUAGAAUUGCAGAAAUUCAUCAAAGAAGUUGAUUCAAUCCUUGCUGCCAUCUCCAGCCACGAGGCCUUUCUUCAAACUGAUAAUCUUGGGGACCAUAUGGAUUCAGCUCGGAGUCUCCUGAAGCGACAUGAGGAUUUUGAACAAGUGCUGUUGGUGCUAAAACAUCGAGCAAAAGCAGCCAAUGACCAGGGAGAGCAGCUAAUAGAAAGGGGUCAUUUUGCUUGUGACAGGAUUGAGAAGACAAAGGUUACCUUAUGUGAAAGAUGGAAAUUGCUCAUAAAUAAUAAUGAGCAGAGAAAAAGGAGGCUAUUAGAUUCUCUUCUAUUACAGGAGUUCAUUCGUGACACUGCUGAGCUCUUGGUAUGGAUGGAAGAAAAAUACAAGAUAGCAUCAGAUGAGUCUUAUCGUGAUCCAACAAAUAUCUUACGGAAGCUGAAAAGGCAUGAGGCUGCGGAACAGGAAAUGAUGGCCAAUAAGAAGCAUUUUAUGGAGCUGAUGAUGGCUGGAAAUCAACUGAUACAAAAUGACCACUAUGCUGCGGAUUCCAUUCAGGACAAAAUGUCAGAAAUAAAGAAGAAAUGGGAGAAGCUCUACAGCAAGAUGAUAGAACGUGGAGAUAAACUAAGGCAGGCUGGUCAGCAGGAACAACUUAUGGAGCUUCUUGAGGAUGCUGAUGAGAAGAUAGAGAAGAUAGAGAAGAUGCUUCGAGAUACAGAACUGGGCUGUGAUUUGCAUUCCAGUCGCAAUUUACUCAAGGAGCAUAGACAGCUAGAAAAUGAAAUGCAGGGACUGGCUGAGAAAAUGAGCUCCAUUGUGUCUCAUGCCAAGAGUGUAGCAACACAUCACUUCAAUAGAGAGAGGAUUCUUGAUGAGACACGGAGGUAUCUGGAAAGAUUUGAUUCUCUCCAAAAACCCCUUGCUGAGAGAGGGCAUCUGCUGGAGGCAAAUGUGGAACUGUUUCAGUUCUACCAUUACCAUGACAUGGAAAUGAAGUGGAUUAAUGAGCGAUUGUCCAUUGCCAACUCUACAAUCCAAGGGAAAUCUUUAAAUAGGGCUCAAAGCUUGCUACAGAAGCAGAAG